UAAAUGUAUGCUCUUUAAAUUCCUGACAUUCUUUUCUUUAGAUUUGAUCAGAUGUAGGGAUUCAAUCAUAAACCGUCAUCAUGUCACGUUUGAAUCCGGGAGAUGACCAGCCAGGUCGUUUUCCAUCUCAUCAGAGUAUUCCAGCACGCGGACGACGCAGAAGUGUGAUGUUGAAUCAGGCUACAGAAACAAUGAAGGAGAAACAGGCACGGGCAAAAGAAACUCGUGAGAGACGCCGUUUGAGCAUUACAGCUCAGCACAAGCACAUCUUUGAUAUGGUGGCUCAGUACUUGCAGCUAGAACCAGGGGCAGUGGAAGAAUUUGUUAUUGACACUAAGGAGCAAAUAGAUCUGAUGAAUGCAUUCAUAGACAAGGAUGGGCCCAGGACAUUAAAGUUUUACUAUCAAGAAGGGCCAUGCCCUGGUAUUGAAGAAUGUGGGCGCACAUUUUCUGGUGUCAGUAAAGGAAGUCCUGUACAACUUUUGUUUGCCACUGAUUGUAAGAAGGAGCCUCUCACAGGAACUUGUGUGUACUUCAUCAAAAAUAAAGCUGAGACACUCACAACUAGAAAUAUAGCAGAGGAGAUGCAAGGAGGUGUGUUCACUGUGAAGGACAAAGCUGUGUUGCCAGCUUUGAAGGAUCUUCUCACCAAGGUGUAUUGCCCAGCAAUGGCAGGACUGGGGGACUGGGGAGCUCUGUCGAGAGCUACUGAUGGUGGUGCUACUAGGCAGACAUUUCUAGACAAUUUAGAUAGAUUUAUACAUACUAUGGAAGGAGCCAACCAGAGUAUCUGUGGAGCAGUGCGUCUGAAGGCCAGUCAGGAGGUGGACCUGUCCAAUAUCUCCUCUGCUGAUGACUGCAUGACUGCUGCAGGCAAUCCAGAGACUGUCUCAGUGCUUGAAGGGUUGGUUUCUGGCUGGGGAAAACAGAUUGAACAGGUAUUGGCAGAAAGUGACCAGAUGCGCAAAGAAGCGGAUGACACGGGUCCACUGGCAGAGUUAGAACACUGGAGGCAGCUGACUGCCAGGUUUAACAGCAUCCUGGAGCAGAUCAAAGGCCAUGAGUGUAAAAUGGCAAUUCACAUCCUCAACUCUGCCAAAUCUAAGGUCCUCAAGGAAUGGAGAAGGUUAGACAGCAGAAUCACAGAUGCAGCUAAUGAAGCAAAGGAUAACGUGAAGUACAUGUACUCACUGCAAAAGUUCUGUGCACCACUGUAUGCAUGUGAUCCAGUGAGUAUGGCAGAAGGCAUAGCAAGUCUGAUCCAUGCCAUUAGGAUGAUCCAUGGUAUUUCUAGAUACUACAACACCUCAGAGAGAAUGACCUCACUUUUCAUUAAAGUAACCAACCAAAUGGUCACGGCAUGCAAGAAGUACAUCACAGAUAAAGGCAUGUGUAAGAUCUGGGAGCAGGACUAUGACUCUUUGAUGGAGAAGAUGAAGGAAUGCAUCAACCUGUACACAGAAUACCAGAAGGCCUUCCAGAGGACCAAGAAACAGAUUGAAGAGACUCCUGGAGAAAAACCAUUUGAGUUCUCCGAGAUGUACAUUUUUGGAAAGUUUGAUGCCUUCUGCAAAAGGCUCGAAAAUAUCAUGGGCAUGAUGUCAACCCUGCAGUCACUGAGCAGCUUGGUCACUUCUAAAAUAGAAGGUCUGGAGCCCAUGGCCAACAGAUACCUCAUCAUCUACAACAACAUGAAGAAGAAGCCGUAUGACAUCUUGGACCACAGGAAGAUGGACUUCUCCACAGAUUACAAGGAGUUCAAACGGCAGAUUGGGGAUCUGGAGGAACAGUUACAAGACUUUCUAGACGAUAGCUUUGAAAGAAGCCCCACUUGCCAUCAAGCCUUGAAACUUCUUGUUAGAGUGAAGAAACUUGGAAUUCCUAGCUUGAAUGUAGGAGAGAAGUGUAAGAUCAUCUUUCUCCAGUUUGGGCAAGAAGUAGAGAACAUAAGAAAGAUGUACAUGCAGCACCGUGAUGAUCCUCCAGUGCCCAGAGACAUGCCCCCAGUGGCAGGGAAGAUAGCAUGGGCACGCCAGUUAACCAGAAGGAUCACAGAGCCCAUGGAGAUAUUUAAGGAAACACCAGAAGUGUUUAAAAUAGAAGAAGGCAAGAGAAUUAUAAGAAAUUACAACCGUGUGGCCAGAGUGCUGAUGGAGUUUGAGAUGUUGUAUCAUGAUGCUUGGAUCCAAUCUGUGGCAGUGGCUAAAGAAGGUUUGAGAGUUCCUGUACUGGUGAGGCACCCAGAAACAAAGACUCUGCUGGUGAACUUUGACCCCCUCAUCUACCAGGUCAUCAGAGAGAGCAACUGCAUCAUAAAGCUUGGCCUAGAAGUUCCAGAGGAAGCUAAAAUGCUUUGUCAUACUCAAGAUCAGCUGAAAAAAUACCAAGAAAAAAUGCAGUUGCUGCUUGAAGAAAAUGAAAAAAUUCGGGGCCAGAUUCCAUCAAUAUUUCUACCUCUUAUGGAUGCAGUUCUCAAAAAGGUUGACAAUGCUAUAAGACCAGGGCUCACCAUCCUCACUUGGACAUCUCUGAACCUAGACCAGUACUUUGAUCACAUCCAAACCUCCCUCAGGGAGCUGAGGUUGCUCAUUAAACAGAUCAGUGAUAUCAAAGACACCCAUAUUGACACUCCUCUCUUGGAUAUCAGUGAAACCAUGCUCUGUGACCUGCCUGAAAAAGAACCUUGGACCAUACAGGAAUUUCUGGAUAAAACAAAGAAACACUGUGAAGAAUGUGUCGUUGGAAUAGAGGCCAAGAGUGAAAAGAUAGAAGAUGCUGUCAUUGAACUCAGCAAGAUUUUCCUGACCAGAGCUGGCUAUGAUUUGGAACCCAAAGCCAGUAAAGAAUCCACCAGUGAGCAAGGCUUCGCCAAGAUAACUGUAGUGGACACCAGUGAAGAUGCUGCUAGUGAGGAAGCCAACAGUGAACAGGAGGAGAUGUCUGAGGAAGAAAUGUCUCUCAGAGAACAAUGUGUGGAACUGAAAAGCUACUUCAACCACAGAUUGCUUGAUGCUUUGCUCAGGGCAACACGGCUGUCCCUGGAUCUCAUCAGGAAGAGAGUGUUCUUUCACAACAGUCACCUUGGCAAGAGGAAAGGAAUUGAAGAAGAAACCAGGGAUGGAACAUUUGACAUAGCUUUUUUCAAGGCAGAUCUAAUUCUUGAAAUACCGAAUGUGGUGAUGAAGGCCAGCCUUGAUGACAUCCAGCAGGCCAUCAACAAAGCCAGUCACUAUGUGCUGGAGGUCAGUAAAGGUGUUAUACAAUGGGGACAGCAGAGGUACCAGCUGGCCUCUGUGACAGAUCUGGACCCACACCAUCACCACACACCUUAUGGGAAGAGGAUGAUGCAAGGAGAGGAGGACAAAAAGUACGAGAUGGUUCCCAUACCAGAGAACAGGCUGAAGAACUACUUCAAGAACAUAUCUGAUCACAAAGAUGUGUCCAAAGUGGUGAUGAUGCUGAGCUCUGCAUGCAAUUCCUUCAGAGAUGUCAUUGGUGAGGCCUUGCAGCAGUACAAGAUGUAUUACUACCUGUGGGAGAAGGACAGGGAGCAGACUGUUACUGAAUUCUUGCAAACUGAGCCCACCCUUUCAGAGUUCAGAGCAGAGAUACAACAGUUUGAACGUCUGCAGGAGGAGAUUGAUGAAAUGGAGCUUACUCAAAUUGUGGGGCCUAUUGCACUCUCAGCAGGUCCAUUGAAGCUGGCUCUGUCUGUGGAGAGGAAGUCCUGGGAGAUGAUGUAUGCCCGCCAGCUGAACAUCAAGUACAAGGAGAAGAUGGAGGAGAUUGGGGAGUUUGUGGAGCAGUACAUGCUGAGGCUGAGCAGACCCAUCAAAGACCUGGAGGACGUCAGACACUCUAUGGAGGGACUGGAAGAUAUCAGACAGAACCAGAUUAGAAUUGAUAUGACUCUGGGGCCCAUUGAGGAGGCAUAUGCUAUGCUGGCCAAAUAUAACAUCAGUGUCACUAAUGAGGAGACUAAUAAAGUGGACACUUUAAGAUACUCUUUCAUGAAGUUGAUCAGAAAGGCUGGAGAGAUACAAGAUGAACUUGUCAAAAUACAGCCAAAUUUCAAGAGUGAGUUACUCCAUGCUGUCGAGGUGUUCCAUCAUGAUCUUGACGAUUUCAGAAAUGAGUAUGACUCUAUGGGUCCAAUGGCAGAGGGAAUUCCACCUCAAGAAGCUAGUGAAAGAUUGACCAUUUACCAAAACCGAUUUGAUGACCUGUGGCGUAAGUUCAACACCUACUCAGCCGGGGAGCAGCUGUUUGGUCUGCCAGUGACGGACUACCCAGACCUGGCCAAGACCAAGAAAGAGCUGACUCUGCUCCAGAAGCUGUAUGGACUGUACAAUGCUGUGAUGGCAAGUAUUAAUGGGUACUUUGACAUCAUCUGGACAGAGGUAGAUAUUGAGAAGAUCAAUGCGGAGCUGAUGGACUUCCAGAACAGGUGUCGCAAACUUCCCAAAGCCCUGAAAGACUGGCAGGCCUUCUUGGACCUGAAGAAGAAGAUAGAUGACUUCAGUGAGUCCUGUCCACUGCUGGAGAUGAUGGCUAACAAAGCCAUGAAGGACAGGCACUGGGACCGUAUUGCUAACCUGACAGGACACACCUUUGACUUGGAGAAUGAAAACUUUGCUCUCAGAAAUAUCAUGGAGGCACCACUGCUAGAGAGCAAAGAAGAUAUUGAGGAUGUGUGUAUCUCAGCAGUGAAGGAGAAGGACAUAGAGGCCAAACUGAAGCAGGUGGUGGCUGACUGGAGCAACCAGGUGUUGAGCUUUGCUCCCUUCAAGAACCGUGGUGAGCUGCUACUGAAGGGUGGAGAGAUUCAGGAGAUUGUGGCUCUGAUGGAAGACAGCUUGAUGGUGUUGAGCUCACUGCUGAGUAACAGGUACAAUGCCCCAUUUAAGAAGGAUAUCCAGGAGUGGGUGUCCAAACUGUCCAACACCACAGAUAUCAUAGAGAAUUGGAUGGUUGUACAGAACCUGUGGGUCUACCUGGAAGCUGUGUUUGUGGGAGGAGAUAUCGCUAAACAGUUGCCGACGGAAGCCAAACGUUUCCAAAACAUAGACAAAUCCUGGGUGAAGAUAAUGACGCGGGCCCAUGAGACCACCAAUGUGGUGCAGUGUUGUGUUGGAGAUGAAACACUUGGCCAGCUACUGCCUCACUUACUGGAGCAGUUAGAGCUGUGUCAGAAGUCACUGACUGGAUAUCUUGAAGGCAAGAGACUGCUAUUCCCUCGAUUCUUCUUUGUAUCAGAUCCAGCCUUACUGGAAAUCUUGGGUCAAGCCAGUGAUUCUCAUACUAUUCAGGCUCAUCUUCUGGGAGUGUUUGAAAAUGUGAAUGAAGUGGAAUUCCAUGAGAAAGACUAUGAUAGGAUAUUGGCUUGUGUGUCAAGAGAAGGAGAAAAAAUUAUGCUAGAGACAGAGGUGAUGGCCAAGGGUAAUGUGGAGACCUGGCUGAUGGAGCUGCUUAUUCAACAACAGAAGUCUCUCCAUGCUAUCAUCAGAGAGGCUGACAGAGUGAUCAAUGACUCUGGAUUUGACAUGCUUAAAUUCCUCAAUGACUACAUAGCUCAGGUUGGCCUGCUGGGUAUCCAGAUGUUGUGGACCAGGGACGCGGAGGAGGCUCUCACCAAUGCCAGACAUGACAAGACCAUCAUGGGGAUAACUAACCAGAAGUUCCUAGACAUCCUGAACAAACUCAUUGAGCAGACCACCCAUGAACUGACCAAAGUGGAGAGGGUCAAGUUUGAGACUCUGGUCACCAUCCAUGUCCACCAGAGGGAUAUAUUUGAUGAUUUGACCAGAAUGCACAUUCGUAACCCAGCAGACUUUGAGUGGCUGAAACAAGCCAGGUUUUACUUCAAGGAAGACACAGAUCAGUGUAUUGUAUCUGUGACUGAUGUGGACUUUAUCUACCAGAAUGAGUCUCUGGGAUGUACUGAUAGGCUGGUGAUUACACCUCUCACUGACAGGUGUUACAUCACCCUGGCCCAGGCCCUGGGUAUGUCCAUGGGUGGAGCCCCUGCAGGACCAGCUGGUACAGGCAAAACUGAAACCACCAAAGACAUGGGCAAGGCACUGGGAAAGUAUGUGGUUGUCUUCAACUGCUCAGAUCAGAUGGACUUCAGGGGACUGGGAAGGAUUUAUAAAGGUCUAGCUCAGUCAGGCUCGUGGGGUUGUUUUGAUGAAUUCAACCGUAUUGACCUCCCUGUGUUGUCUGUGGCUGCCCAGCAGAUCCACAUCAUCCUGUCUGCCAGGAAAGAGAGGAAGAAGCAGUUCAUUUUCUCUGAUGGAGACACUGUUGAUCUCAAUCCAGAGUUUGGAUUCUUUAUCACCAUGAACCCAGGUUAUGCAGGUCGUCAAGAGCUCCCAGAAAACUUGAAGAUUCAGUUCAGAUCAGUGGCCAUGAUGGUACCAGACAGACAGAUCAUUAUGAGGGUGAAGUUAGCUUCUUGUGGUUUCAUUGAAAAUGUUAUCCUGGCCCAGAAGUUUUACACCUUGUACAAACUUUGUGAAGAACAACUGUCAAAGCAGGUUCAUUAUGAUUUUGGCUUGAGGAACAUCCUGUCUGUGCUGCGUACUUUAGGAGCACAAAAGAGAGCCAGACCAACAGAGACAGAGAGCACUAUUGUCAUGAGAGUGUUGAGAGACAUGAACUUGUCUAAACUAGUUGAUGAAGACGAGCCCCUGUUCCUCAGUCUGAUUGGAGACUUGUUCCCUGGGAUCCAGCUGGACAAUGCCACCUAUGAAGAGCUACAGGUGGCCAUUGAGAAAGAAGUCAGUGAUGUCAAACUAGUCAAUCAUCCGUCCUGGAAUCUGAAGCUUGUUCAGCUGUACGAGACCCAGAAUGUGCGUCAUGGUAUGAUGACCCUAGGUCCCAGUGGUGCAGGUAAAAGCUGCUGUAUUCAUGUGUUAAUGAAGGCAAUGACAGACUGUGGAGCCCCACACAGAGAGAUGAGGAUGAAUCCUAAGGCCAUCACUGCUCCACAGAUGUUUGGGAGACUGGAUGUGGCCACUAAUGACUGGACUGAUGGCAUUUUCUCUACUUUGUGGAGGAGGAGUCUGAAGGCUAAGAAAGGUGAGCACAUCUGGAUAGUGUUGGAUGGCCCUGUUGAUGCUAUAUGGAUUGAGAACUUGAACUCUGUACUGGAUGACAACAAGACUCUCACUCUGGCCAAUGGUGACAGGAUUCCCAUGUCUCCCACCUGUAAGAUUAUAUUUGAGGUACACAACAUUGACAAUGCUUCUCCUGCCACAGUGUCUAGGAAUGGUAUGGUCUACAUGAGUUCAUCUGCUCUUGACUGGAGGCCAAUACUACAGGGUUGGCUGAACAACCGUAUACCUGCUGAAGCUGACAUUCUACAAGGGCUGUUUGACAAAAUCUUUGAUGACAUCUACAACUAUGCCUCAGUCAGCUUGGAAUCCAAGAUGGAGGUCUUGCAGUGCAACCAGAUCAGACAGACCUGUGACUUGUUGGAGGGGCUGAUCAUACAUGCCAUUGACCAUGACAAGGCUCACUACAGUGCCAACCACCUGGAGAGAAUCUUCAUCUUUGCCUUGAUGUGGAGCAUAGGAGCUCUGCUGGAGCUGGAAGACAGAGCCAAGAUGGAGGAGUUCCUGAAGUCACAUGAAAGUCACCUUGACUUGCCACCUGUCAAAGGAGAAGAGACCAUCUUUGAAUAUGUGGUCAGUGCUUCAGGUGAAUGGGAGCACUGGCUACUGCGAGUGGAGGAAUAUGUGUACUCCUCAGAGUUUGUGCCAGAAUUCUCCUCUAUCCUUGUCCCCAAUGUAGACAAUGUCAGGACCAGCUUUCUGAUAGAAACCAUUUCAAAGCAGAGCAAAGCUGUGUUGUUGAUUGGUGAGCAGGGUACAGCCAAGACUGUGAUGAUUCAGGGUUAUAUGGCCACCUAUGAUCCUGACCAACACCUCAGUAAGAGCUUUAACUUCUCAUCAGCUUCAACACCUAUGAUGUUCCAGAGGACCAUAGAGAGCUAUGUCGACAAGCGUAUGGGCAGUACAUAUGGUCCCCCAGGUGGUAGGAAGAUGACGGUGUUUGUAGAUGAUGUCAAUAUGCCUAUCAUCAAUGAGUGGGGAGAUCAGGUGACUAAUGAGAUCACACGCCAGAUGAUGGAGAUGCAUGGUAUGUACAGCCUGGAGAAACCAGGAGACUUCACCCAUAUUGUAGAUGUCCAGUUCAUUGCUGCCAUGAUCCAACCUGGAGGAGGAAGAAAUGAUAUACCACAGAGACUGAAGAGACAGUUCUCCAUCUUCAACUGCACAUUGCCAUCAAAUAACUCUAUUGAUAAGAUAUUUGGUAUCAUUGGUGAAGGUUACUUCUGCUCCACCAGGUUUUGCCCAGAAGUGGUAGAACUGAUCAAACAACUGGUGCCAGCCACUAGAAUACUAUGGCAGCAAACCAAGGUGAAAAUGCUUCCCACACCUGCCAAGUUCCACUACAUCUUCAACCUGCGUGAUCUGUCCCGUAUCUGGCAGGGCAUGUUGACCAUCAAGGGAGACGAGUGUGCUUCCUCCAGUGUCCUCAUGGCACUCUGGAAAAAUGAAUGUUACAGGGUGAUAGCUGACAGGUUUACCAAUGAAGAUGACAAGAAGUGGUUUGAGGAAGCAGUGAUCCGUGUAGCCAAGGAACAUGUGGGUGAGGAAUAUGCAGAGAUGGUGAAGGAGACACAUUACUUUGUGGACUUCCUGAGAGAUGCCCCAGAACCAACUGGAGAAGAACCAGAAGAUGCUGAAAUAGAGACACCUAAACUUUAUGAACCAAUCCCCAGCUUUGAAGAGUUAAAGGAGCGUCUCCAGUUCUUUGUUGCCAACUACAAUGAGACCAUUCGAGGAGCCCACAUGGAUUUGGUGUUCUUCCAGGAUGCCAUGGUGCAUUUGAUUGUGAUUUCCCGUAUUAUCCGUACUCCUCGUGGUAAUGCCCUCUUGGUUGGAGUAGGAGGCUCAGGAAAACAGUCCCUUACAAGGCUGGCCUCAUUUAUUGCUGGGUACAAGAUCUACCAGAUAACUCUUACAAGGACAUACAAUGUGAGCAACUUGAUGGAUGACUUAAAAUACCUGUACAAUGUUGCUGGGGCUGAAGGAAAUGGGAUCACAUUUAUAUUCACAGAUAAUGAGAUAAAGGAUGAGGCUUUCUUGGAGUACAUGAAUAAUGUGUUGAGCUCAGGAGAGGUCUCCAACCUCUUUGCUAGAGAUGAGAUGGAUGAAAUUACCCAAGAGCUUAUUCCAGUAAUGAAGAAAGAACACCCACGGAGACCUCCAACUCAGGAAAACUUAUAUGAUUAUUUCAUCUCCAGAGCAAGAAAUAAUCUCCAUGUUGUACUUUGUUUUUCACCAGUAGGGGAGAAGUUCCGCAACCGCUCUCUCAAGUUCCCAGGUCUGAUCUCAGGCUGCACCAUGGACUGGUUCAGUCGCUGGCCGCGGGAUGCCCUAAUAGCUGUCUCCAACCACUUCCUGUCCAACUACAAGAUUGUCACCACAGAUGACACCAAGCAGCACCUGGUGGAGGCCAUGGGGUUUGUCCAUGAUAAUGUGGCUAACACUUGUGUGGAGUACUUCCAGAGGUAUCGCCGUCAGACUCACGUGACUCCCAAAUCUUAUCUGUCCUUCAUUGAUGGGUACAAGUCCAUCUACUCAGAGAAGUAUGACCACAUUGGAGAACUGGCCAACAGAAUGGCCACUGGGUUAAACAAGUUGAUUGAGGCCACCCAGUCAGUAGACCAGCUGUCCAAAGACCUUAAGGAAAAGGAAAAAGAGUUGGCUGUGGCCAAUGUCAAAGCUGACAAGGUGCUUGCUGAGGUGACAGUCAGUGCCCAGGAGGCAGAGAAGGUGAAAGCUUCAGUACAGAAGGUGAAAGAUAAGGCUCAGAAAAUUGUAGAUGAAAUCAACCACGAGAAGGCCAUUGCUCAUGCUAAACUGGAGGAUGCAAGACCUGCACUGGAAGAGGCAGAAUCUGCACUUCAGACCAUUAAACCUGCUCAUAUUUCAACUGUAAGGAAGCUGGGCAAGCCACCACACUUAAUUAUGAGAAUUAUGGACUGCGUGUUGAUUCUGUUCCAAAAAUCUGUGGACCCUGUAACACAAGACCCUGAAAGACCUUGUGUAAAACCUUCUUGGGGAGAGUCAUUGAAGCUCAUGAGUGGUGGUGGCUUCCUCCAAAGUUUACAGACCUUCCCUAAAGACAGCAUCAAUGCAGAGACUGUGGAACUGCUGCAACCCUACCUGGAAAUGGAAGACUACAACUUUGACACAGCCAAGAAAGUCUGUGGUGAUGUAGCUGGACUCUGCUCCUGGACAAAAGCUAUGUCUUUCUUCUAUGGUAUCAACAAGGAGGUGUUACCUCUAAAGGCUAACCUUGCUGUUCAAGAGGCCAAACUAACUGUAGCCACCAAGGAGUUGAACAGUGCACAGGCACAGCUAGAUGAAAAGCAGAAAGAACUGGAUGCUGUACAGGCAAUCUAUGAUGCAGCUAUGAAAGAAAAGCAGGAACUGCUAGAUGAUGCAGAAACUUGCCGUAGAAAGAUGGACGCUGCGUCGGCUCUCAUCAAUGGUUUGGCAGGGGAGAAGGUCAGGUGGACGGCCCAGAGUAAGGAGUUCAAGUCUCAGAUUGACAGACUGGUUGGUGAUGUACUACUGUGCACUGGGUUCCUGUCAUAUGCUGGCCCAUUCAACCAAGAGUUCAGAACCACACUGAGGAACAACUGGCAGUCUGAGAUGAUGAAACGUAGAAUUCCUUUUACCACUGACCUCAACAUCACAGAUAUGUUGGUGGACAACGCUACAAUAGGAGAGUGGAACCUUCAAGGCCUUCCCAAUGAUGACCUGUCUAUUCAGAAUGGUAUCAUUGUCACCAAGGCAACAAGAUAUCCACUACUCAUUGACCCUCAGGGACAGGGCAAGAACUGGAUCAAGAACAGGGAGAAAGACAGAGAACUGCAGUUGACAUCAUUGAACCACAAGUAUUUCCGCACCCACAUGGAGGAUGCCCUGUCUCUGGGCAGACCACUGCUGAUAGAGGAUGUAUCUGAAGAGCUGGACCCUGCCCUGGACAAUGUUCUGGAGAAGAACUUUAUUAAGUCUGGGAGAACUUAUAAAGUAAAAGUGGGUGACAAGGAGGUGGAUGUCAUGGACGGGUUCUACCUGUAUAUUACCACCAAGUUACCCAACCCAGCCUAUACACCAGAGAUAAGUGCCAGGACUUCCAUAAUUGACUUCACAGUAACAAUGAAAGGAUUAGAAGACCAGUUACUUGGAAGAGUAAUCCUUACUGAAAAACAGGAACUUGAAGCAGAGCGCACUAAACUGAUGGAGGAUGUCACAUCCAACAAACGCAAGAUGCAAGAACUGGAAGACAAUCUCCUGUACAAACUCACCAGUACAAAGGGCUCUCUGGUAGAUGAUGAAUCCUUGAUCUCUGUGUUGGCAGUAACCAAACAAACUGCAGCUGAAGUGAGUGAGAAACUUGCAGUUGCUGCUGAAACUGAAAUAAAAAUUAAUGACGCAAGAGAGGAGUUUAGACCAGUUGCCACUGAAGGCAGUAUUCUGUAUUUCCUGAUCUGUGAAAUGAGUAUGGUGAACACCAUGUAUCAGACUUCCCUCAAACAGUUCCUGGGCUUGUUUGACCACUCCAUGGCAAGAUCAGACAAGUCUCCUGUGACUUCCAAGCGUAUCAACAACAUCAUCGACUACCUGAGGUUUGAGGUGUUUGCCUACUCCUGUCGGGGGCUGUAUGAGAACCACAAGUUCCUGUUCACCUUGCUGCUCUGUCUCAAGAUUGACACACAGAAGGGCAAUGUCUCUCACCAGGAGUUUCAGAUACUCAUCAAAGGUGGUGCUGCCUUGGACCUGAAUGCAGUUCAACCUAAGCCAUGCAAGUGGAUUCUGGACAUGACCUGGCUGAACCUGGUAGAGCUCAGCAAACUGGGCCAGUUCAGAGACAUCUUACACCAGAUACCAGGCAAUGAGAAGUCAUGGAAGACAUGGUUUGAUUCUGAUGCCCCAGAGGAGACAGUGAUACCAGAUGGCUACUCCAGCGCACUGGACACCUUUAGGAAACUGCUGCUUAUAAGGUCCUGGUGUCCAGACCGUACUAUGGCCCAGGCCAGGAAGUACAUAGCUGACUCUAUGGGGAAGAGAUAUGCAGAUCCUGUCAUCCUGAACCUAGAGGCCACCUGGGGGGAAAGUGACCCCAGAACACCUCUCAUCUGUCUCCUGUCCAUGGGCUCUGACCCCACCAACCAGAUUGAGGGGCUGGCUAAGAAACUACAUACUGAAUGCAGAGCCAUCUCCAUGGGUCAGGGUCAGGAGGUACAUGCCAGGAAACUGGUGGCCCUGUUUAUGCAGUCAGGAGGCUGGGCACUGCUUCAGAACUGUCACUUGGGUUUGGAAUUUAUGGAUGAACUCCUGGAGACACUGACUGACACAGAGACUAUCCAUGAGGGCUUCAGGGUGUGGAUUACUACAGAGGUCCAUGACAAGUUUCCCAUUAGUUUACUGCAGGCUUCCAUCAAGUUUACCAAUGAGCCUCCCCAGGGUAUCAAGGCUGGUCUGAUGAGGACCUAUGUGGCCUUCUCCCAGGAUUUCCUGGAUAUCAGCAGUAUGCCUCAGUGGAAACCUAUGCUGUACACUGUCUCCUUCCUACACACUGUGGUACAGGAGCGUCGUAAGUUUGGUCCUCUUGGCUGGAACAUUCCAUAUGAGUUCAACUCUGCUGACUUGACUGCCAGUGUGCAGUUUAUCCAGAACCAUUUGGAUGACAUGGACGUCAAGAAGGGCCCCUCCUGGAAUACAGUCCGCUAUAUGCUGGGAGAAGUACAGUACGGAGGGAGGGUCACUGAUGAUUAUGACAAGAGACUCCUUAAUACAUUUGCUAAGGUGUGGUUCUGUGAUGCAAUGUUUAGUGACAGCUUCCAGUUCUACAUUGGUUAUAAGAUCCCUAAGUGUAAAACUGUGGAGCAACAUUUGGCCUUCAUAGAAGAACUCCCCACAGUGGACUCACCUGAAGCUUUUGGUCUGCACCCUAAUGCAGAUAUCACUUACCAGGGUAACACAGCCAAGGAGGUCCUGGACACCAUAGUGAACAUUCAGCCCAAGGAGGGUGGGGGAGGAGGUGGAGAGACCAGGGAGAGUGUGGUCUUCAAACUGGCAGAUGAUAUGUUAUCUAAGCUACCUCAGGACUACCUGCCUCAUGAGGUCAGAGACAGACUGAAGAAGAUGGGCAUCUUGCAGCCUCUGAAUAUCUUCCUGAAACAAGAGAUAGACCGCAUGCAGAAGGUGAUCACUGUGGUACGCACCACUCUCUCAGACCUGAAACUGGCCAUUGAGGGCACCAUUAUCAUGAGUGAGAACCUGAGAGAUGCCCUGGACAACAUGUAUGAUGCCCGUGUGCCAGCCCUGUGGAGGAAGAUCUCCUGGCAGUCCACCACUCUGGGCUUCUGGUUUACUGAGAUGCUGGAGAGAAAUGACCAGUUCUUCACAUGGAUCUUUGAGGGCAGACCUAAGUAUUUCUGGAUGACAGGGUUCUUCAAUCCACAGGGUUUCCUGACAGCCAUGAGACAGGAAGUAACAAGAGCUCACAAAGGCUGGGCUUUAGACUCUGUCACACUGCACAAUGACGUCACCAAGUACCUCAAGGAAGAUGUCACCUCUGCUCCUUCUGAGGGUGUCUACAUCUAUGGCCUAUACUUAGACGGUGCUGCCUGGGACAGAAAGAACUGCCGCCUGGUGGACUCCCAGCCCAAGGUCCUCUUUGUUCAGAUGCCUGUAGUCCACAUGUAUGCCAUCAACUCCACUGCCCCCAAGGACCCCAAGCUGUACCAGUGUCCUGUGUAUAAGAAGCCACAUCGCACAGAUCUCACCUAUAUCACCUUUAUUGUCCUGAGGACUGCCGUCAGCCCAGAUCACUGGACCUUGAGAGGAGUGGCUGCUCUCUGUGAUAUUAAGUAAACCUAUUCCAGCUGUUUGUUUUUUGUUGAUGUUUGCUUAUUUUUUUUCCAUUUACGAUGUCAGAAAAAAUAUAGGGACAGUAUAUAUCCAAGAGAAUUCAUAGAACAAUAAGAAUGGAAACACCUUGAAAUUUGACUUCAAAGAUACCAAAUAUUUCUGCACAUAUUGAUGUUAAGAAUGAAUUUUACACUUGUUGCUGUUCAUAAUAAAAUAUUAUAAAAUACCUUAUUAAACACUAAUAAAUAUUUUUUC